AUGAGCGAGGGUCAUCCAAGUACCACCAAUGCCGCGUGUUCUGUCAAUUCGUCAGCACUGAAAUCCACACAAAAAGCGCACGCGGAGAGUGGUGAACAAGAUGAGAUACUUCCCCUCUGUGUCAAUGAAAUCCCCUGGAAACUAGUUCCUCAGGUACAUUUUUCGUUCGUUUGUCAUUCUCAAAUUUUUUUCAGAUAUCCGAAGAUUACAUAGAGUACGAAUAUCUGGACGAAGACGAAAGGUUUGACUGUUCGUCGUUGAUCCUUCUGAAAUUGAGAUUUCAGACUGAUUUCUGACGCAGAAUCAUUCGUUUGGAAGUGGUCGAACUGUGGAAGAUAUGGGAUCGACCUGCCCGUGAGUGUCCCGCCGUUCCUACCAUUCAAACAACCUCCGAUUGCAGGGAGGUCGUGACAUUAUCAGUCAACGUCUGAAAAACUGUUUAGCUGUUUUUGACCUCAACUUGAACAGCUGGACUCUUUAUAAAAUGAACAUCGUUCCGUUUGAGGUUAGAAUCGAAUGAAAUGCUAGAGGCAUGCAUCGUUUCAGAUUCCCAGAGUCUGUUUUAUUUACUGGGCGCGUAGUGACAUAGUCGUUCUCGUCUCUCUCGUGGUACGUGGUUCUUUUAUUUCUUAUAAAAAAUUGACUUUCAGAAGAGCAGGAAUUCCGGACCGGACGACGAAAUAGUGCUCAAAUUCAAGCAGACGUUCUUCUACAUUUCACACGAAACGAAAACUCUGACUCAUUGCGGUGCCUGGUAUGUUUCAGCCCUAGUCAGUAUCUGUCAAUGGUUUUUCUUACAGCAAAUAUCGCACCCAAAAAACGAUUCCCAGCUCUUAUUGGUAUCACAUUUUCGAGAAUCGUCGUGGCGAGCCCUUCAUAGACCACAACAACGACGCGUGGCUCGUCUUCUCUAACGGAAAAGAUUGUCUGAUUCUACUGCCAUACAUUCCGACUAACAGCUGUUACCAAGCCAAAUGUGUCACUUUCGAUAUGAACGAAAUCGUGAGCAGCCUUCUCGGUCAGUUUCAUGUCCGUUCGGGAAGGGUGUGUUCUUUUUCAGGCAGCCGCGUCUAUCUGGAUCCGUUCAUUUCCAAUCACUACGUUCCCUGGGUUUAUCGCGACGAAAUAAACUUUUUCAUCCGCAUCGAUCCGCUUUCCUUUUCCGAAGAACACGACAGGGAUUACGUAGAAGGAAGAUUGAAUGUAGCAGACGUACCGAGGGAAAAGCGAGGACUCUUCCAGAUUCGUAUCAAUCUAAAAGACGUCAUCGAGCGAGGAGAGAAAUUGUCAGGAGACGUGGAAGACACCUGCCUGAUUGAGACGAAAUUCACUCGCAAGGACGUUCUUCUCUGGAGAAAAAUCGCUGAAGACGGUCAUGGCGCACACGAAUGUAUGUCUCAGCAUGGAAAGACCGUGGUGCUCCUCAAAUGGGCGCAUGACACGAUUGACGUGGCUUUCAGUAAAAGGCUCAAUACGGUUCGUUUCUUGCUUACGGAUGGCUUGUUCAACCUGCAACUUCCAGAGAAUAUCAGAUAUAGAAGUAAGAGGCACUUGCUGCGUUACCGAAAAGAGGGACUUCUCUUUUUGCACAAUUGAUUUGAACACCGACAAAAUCAAGAAGAUCAACACUCUCGUUCUAGGGUACUUCUGCUCGUUUUUUCUCUGUUCACCCAUCUCUUUCCCUUCAGAACUGAUGUAGUCCUUCCUCAUCCGAGCGGAUCCGUCUUCAUGUUCCGGUACAAAGAGAUCUACGGUAAAAUCUCCGACCUCUCUCUGCCUCCACCAUUUUCAUUUUCAGCAAUGACAUUCUGUGAACUCCCGUACUUCGAGCCUAUUUCCCUUCAGAUGAAGUGCAUCCAAGCAAUCUCCGGAGUCGUGCAAAUCGAUCCCGACUCCUACAGUUCACAGUGUUGCCUGAAAUACUCGGAAGUGGAUGAUGCUCGUUGA